UUUUUCUCGCGAUGGUGGUAUUUUGUCCCCGUCUGAGAGCCGUAGUAUAUACCACCGAGCCACCGUAGAUCCAAACGGCGCGGAUGCUGCUGGAGAUUCAACUGAUUCAGGAGUUAAUUAAUCGAUAAUAUCGAUUAUAUUCAGUCUGAAAGAGCGAGGAGAGAGUCACAAUGUCUGUUCAAUCAACAAACCCCAGCAACCCGAUCGUCUUCUUCGAUAUAACCAUCGGAGGGCAGGAUGUCGGACGGAUGAAGGUCGAGCUGUUUGCUGACAUGGUUCCAAAGACAGCGGAGAAUUUCCGGCAGUUCUGCACUGGAGAGUUCAGGAAAGAUGGAGUCCCCAUUGGUUUCAAAGGUUGCACAUUCCACAGGUACAUAAAGGACUUCAUGAUACAAGGAGGGGACUUUGUAAAUGGCGAUGGAACCGGUAUCUGCAGCAUCUACAGAGGUCCGUUUGCAGAUGAAAACUUCCGGAUGAAGCACAGUGCACCGGGUCUUCUGUCCAUGGCAAACAGCGGGCCGGGGACGAACGGCUGUCAGUUCUUCAUUACGUGCACUAAAUGUGACUGGUUAGACGGGAAGCAUGUUGUUUUUGGAAAAGUGGUUGACGGUUUGCUGAUCAUGAGAAAAAUUGAGAACGUUCCUACGGGACCAAACAACAAGCCCAAACUCCCCAUCCUCAUCACACAGUGUGGAGAGAUGUGAUCCAGAACUAUACAACCUCUGCACAACCUGGAGUAGUGUUAUAGUCACGUGAUGCUCUUCAGCAAACAGCAACCCAUAUAUGUUUUUUCCUGUAUGGAUCCUUUGAAUGCCCACAGAAGGACAGUAUGACAUUCAGCAGGUCAUCAUUCUGGUAUUCCUGAUCGCAGGUUAACUGCUGCGUCCAAACCCGGAUCAGAUUAUUCUCGCCGUCUGGUGGGAUUUGGAAUAAACAAGACGUGCUUAAUAUUUGGGUUUAAAAUUUGUUCUGUAAAAUUUCCUGUUCAACACUGUUGUUGACACCAAAUGGGGAGAAUUUGUGACUUUUUUGAAGGCUAAAGAAAGAAUUACAUGUGAAACAUUAUAAUAUCUAUUUCAGUUUGUAAUCAAUAAAUUGUUUUACAUUUUUAUAAACCUU